AUGAGCUUUCAGGCCGCCUUUGCCUCUAAAGUAGAACCAGCAAACCGCAAAGAUAAAUGCAAGCUGAGAGCACUUGAUAUUGAAUUUACUACAUAUCCAUUAGACCACCUGAGAAAAAGGCAAUUGUUCUGUUUCUUUCUAGUACCUUCGCCAACACAAAUUGUAAUAAAAUCCAAAAAUUUCAAGACUCUCUUGCACUGGCAAUACCCACCUCUUUUUGAAACCCCUCGUUUUACGGUGGAAAUCAAACCUUACUCCAUAGGUUCUUAUAAGAAUGUCUCAGCUUGUGUGAACAUCUCAGCAGAUUUCUGUGAUCUCUCAGGGGAAAUACAUGACCUCUUUUCCUCCCAUUGGCUUCGAGUUAAAGCCAUUAUUGGAUCAGAAGAGUCUGAGUAUGUUGAGACAAGUGAGUUUAUUUUGCAAAAGCAUGGAAAAAUAGGACCGCCUAAAUUGCAUCUCUCAAGGCACAGUGACAAAAUCUUCGUUGAUAUUUACCAUCCUCCAUUUCCAUCUGUGGAGCUUUAUCCUUGGAUUGAAACAAUUUAUUCAAAGCUCGCAUAUGUGGUGACUUUUGGGGACGGUAAAAAUCAGAGUAAUGAGGAGUUCCUUGCAGACGAUUGUGAGAAGCUUAAAUGUGGCCUAGACAUCCCAAUUCCUUCUGAAGGUUCCGUUUAUUGUGUUUCCGCGAGAGGAACUUUGUAUGAUGAUCUGAUGCUUGGCGCCCAGUCAGAAGAAAGCUGCAUUCAUGUUCCUCUCAAGCAGACUUUGAACGCGCAAAGUAUUAUAAUUGUGGUUGCUGUUAUCCUCAGCUUUGUUCUAAUUUUAACUGUAUGUUGUGGCUGCAAGAAACUAAGGAAGAAGAACAUAAAACUGCCCAAGUCUUUGGUCAGUGUGAUAAGAAACCUGAACACAGACAACUUUCCAGAACCAAAAUUAGAGCAAAAAUACAACUCUGUGAUAAGCCUCAUGCCAGAUGAGCCAGUAUUGCCAGCAAAUGAUGAAGUGAACCCACUGAAGGUAGAACAAAAAGAAGAAAUUGCUAAUCCUGAGAAUUCCAGUGAAGGAGCAUCUUCUAUUCUUCUGCCAGAGGUACCAGGCAACACAGGAGAAAUUUCUGUGCAGGAAAGCAGAGAGGAGGUAUCUUCUGAUGAUGAACAAAAUCGUAAAGUAAAAGAGAGCUAUUUCAUUUCUGACAAUAAUCAAACAGAGAUAUGCAGUAACUCUUCAGAUCCGGAGGUUUCUACCACGAAAGUACAACAAACUGUCAAUCCAAGCAGCUCUCUUAAAUUUUCUGGCUAUGACAAGCCUCAUGUGCCAUUAGAUAUAUUGAUAGAUGUUGGUGAAGAACGGCCUGUGAUUGCAUACAGGCCCGCUGACUAACCAGGGUAGCGGCAACAUUUAACCAGAACUCAUGAAGAGCAGCAUUACUGAAGAUUAGGGAGAGUAUUGGUCAUUUUAAAAUGUCUAGAUGUUGAUAAAAUAUCUAAGCAGAACAACUAGUAUAUAACUCUUUGCAAUGAGAUCCUGAAAUGCAACUGAGAGUAGUGCCCGAGAAUAACAAAAAGUGGGGGGGAAGUUUCAUAAUAACCUGUGUGUUAUUAUGAAAUCUCCAGAAGUGUGUGUAUACACAGAGUACUCUUUAAAAAAAUCAACUUACUACUACCUGUUUCAAAGAGUACUUGAUGGAAAACAGAUUUCAUGAAGGAAUAUAGAGUGGUUGCUGUAUCAUUGUUCCAUUCUAUCCCACAUCCUUUUCAAAAUUAAUUCUGUGAACUUAAGUCCUUCACUUGGUUAUGUUAGAGAUCUGUGCAAGACAUUUGAGAGUUUUUGCCAUUCCUGAAGGUGUUCUGUUGUUUUCUUUGUUUUCUCUUAACUACUUAAAGAAUAUUUUUGUAUUAAAAGAAAUCCUACUAUUUCUUUUAGGCAUAUACCUAUAGCUUUUCCAUGCACCACACAGGAACUGAGCAAUUUGGUUCCACAGCCAAGAAUCAGCUCUUUGUGUUCUAUUCUGCAAUUAAAGUGUGUACUGGAAGAUUACUUUGUACAUUUCAGUUAGUAAACAUUAGACUUUUUCCUUCAAAACACAAGUCUUGUGACUAAAAAAGGCUAUGUUUAAAAUUUGUGUUAUCAGUGCAUAGCUGCAUCACUUUAGUUUGCCUAGAUAUAUUGUAUAAUCAAGCCCCAUUCUGGAAAACACCUAUAUUAGCAGGAUGGCUUAUCCUCAUUGAAACAAGUUUAACAUCUGUUUACACAAAUUCUUAGAAUAUAUUUUCAAAAUUCAAAACCUAUUUUCUACCAGAGCAUUUCCAUUCUUAGAACAGUGUGAUUUUUUGAUAGAAAUCAUCAUGUCUCCUACCAAGCACAGCUAAACUGUUUUCUAGAAUGUUGAGAAUGACUACCAUUUUUCAGUUCUUGUGACAAAGUCAGAAGCUACACCAAAUUAUCGUCCUCUAAAAUACAUCACAAAGCAAUAAAGAAGUAGGAAGUACAACUUAUCACACUAAGUUAAUGGCAUCUGACAGCACUCUGAAUUUUCACUGAAUCACAGAAUGGUUGAGGGACCUCUGGAGAUCUAGUCCAACCCCCCUGCUCAAGUAGGGUCAGCUAAAGC